AACUCCUCUUCGCAUCUUGUCCUCGCCAUAUGAAACAUUGAUCGGUACCAGUAUAUCUACAUCUCCAAGCUAUCAUCGCACUGCAGAGUCACGACAAGUACUGCGGACUCCAGUGUUACCCUGGGUAAUCGAUGCCACGAGCUUGGGCCUCCACUGCGAGGCAGCCGCCUCCGGUGGAAGGCGAGAAGCCUGUUACCGUGCUGGUCACUGGAUUUGGGCCCUUCCUCGACCAAUUCCCUCGAAACUCCAGCUGGGAAAUCGCCUCCACCCUCCCCGCCCUAAUCCCGUCCUCCGCCACCAACCCAACCCCAAUCCACAUCCACGUCCACCACGAGCCCAUCCGCGUAGCUUACAACAAAGUCGUCAACCUAGUCCCGCAUCUCCUUCCACCAGGCAGCCAUCAGCACCCCGCGCCCGACAUAGUACUGCACAUCGGGCUCGCCGCAGGACGCACCUUCUACACGCUCGAGCAGGGCUCCCAUGGUCGCGGCUACGGCAAGAUCCCCGACGUGGAUGGCGAGAAGUUCGCUGAUGAAGAUGCGGAAGCGCGGUUCCCGAAGGAGAUUUUCCCGCCCGUGUUGCAGACGAGCUUUGACACUGCGGAUGCGCUGACGCGGUGGAGGGAGAAUCUUGAGUAUGAGGAUCCUGAGUCGGAGAGUCUCAGGGGCAGGGCGCCGGAUGUGAGGAUUAGUCCUGAUGCUGGGAACUUCAUGUGUGGAUUCAUCUACUAUAACAGUCUGGCGCAUUAUUACGAGAAGAAGGAGGACGAGCGGCCGGUCGCGUUUCUGCAUGUGCCGGACUUGAGUGACAGCGAGGAGAAGUUGGCGAUUGGGAGGAAGGUUGCUGUCUCGCUAAUUAAGGCACUGGUAGAGAGCAGGCGGCAGGUGGGUGUCGUGGAUGGGACUGCGCGUUUGGCAAAGAAGGGAGAUGAGCAGGAGGUUGCUGGGAUGGAUGUGAAUUUUGCGUGAGCUGCUGGCCUAUCGUUAUGUAAAUGGAGGCGGAGAUUGCUGCGCGUCUCUUUGUUUUCAAGUAUCGUUCUGUCGCGGAGAUUGGCGCAUACGGUAUGCCGCAGGCUCGUACAUAGUGGUACACUGAUGAUUGUGACCAUCCAGAAGACAUCGUAUUUCUCCAUAUCAGGUAAACGAUCCUGAGAUUUCAC